AUGCAUAUGCAUAAUAGAUUAUGCAAGCUACGUAUAGAACGAACAAAACUUUACAACCGAUGAAUGAACGGCAGCUGUUAAUAAUCAUUGAUAAUAUAACGAAAUUUACUUUUAAUCUACGAGGAAAAUUAAAUAAUUAUUUUAUAUACUGGGAAUAGAAUAUUGUUAUCAGCUGUUGUUACUUUUUCACGCCGUUGAUAGAUUCAGUUUAAAAGUGAGUGAGUGGGAAUCUUUCAUAAAAUUAUUCCAAUAUAAAAACUAAGUGUUAUAGGAUGUCUUUUCCAAAUAAAGAAGAUCGUGUGAAUUGCUGGAGCCGAAGGGACGAAUAUUGGCGAUGUUUGGAUGAAGGCAAAUCUCAAGCAGAGUGUACAAAAUUUAGGGAACAAUAUGAAAAAUUUUGCCCAUCUCAAUGGGUGAAACACUUUGAUCGUAAGAGAGAUUACUUGAAGUUCAAAGAGCAAAUAGAGAAGGGGGGGUAUGUUCCUCAAGAGCCAAAGGAAACAUGAGAAACUAAUCUAUCGAUUGUGUAUUCCAUUCAUAGCAAUUUAUAAUUGAACUAUUAAUAAUAACUGUUAAACAAUUAAUUUCAUACAUUCACAUACGGAUGUUGUUAUCUCAUUCUGUUGGAUCAUAUAAUAAAUAAGAUGCUUAAAAAUAACAUAGGACAAUGGUUU